AUGGCGUACGACGAGGUGUCACCACCGAAAAAACGCUGGCAACAACAAAGUUGUUCGUCAACACCCUCACCACCGUCAUUAACACCCUUUACAUUAGAUGCAAAUCAAUGGCGGCAGCAAAGUAUUCUCGUUCUCGAUGAUCAGAAUCUAAAUCUAUAUCGUACAGGUGUCAUACUCGAUAUAAUCGAUUCUUCUCUUGUCACAGUUGCACUGCGUGAUGAGCAAUCGUCAACAAAAACAAUCGAUCUCUCUCGACCUAGCUGCAGUUUACCAUCGAUUAUUAUUGAUAAUAUUCCAGCAUGUCACGAUCUUGUACCUGGUACAGAGGUUUGUGUUCGACAAGUGGGAAAUAGUAAAACAAAUCAUUUUCACUGUGGCCAAAUCCAAACCAAACAUCCACAACGUUUAGAAUUUUCAAUAAAUUUUAAAGAUUCAAAUAAUAAUCAAGAAAAUGAUCUUAAUGAUGAAGAAACCAAAUGGUUUACCAGACAAAAUCUUCGAUUAUUAAUUGAACCAUGGCACGAAGAACUACGUCUUUAUCGCGAAAAUUUAUCAGCGCAAAGUAUGUUUCGACCGAUAUCAGUGCAAUUGCCAAUUGAUAACUCUGAACAAGUCUCACAACAACAACAACAUCAAUCAAGUGCAUUCCCCACACCACCCAGUGAACAUAAAGAUGAAGACGAUGAAGAAAUUGAACGGGAAUUACACAAAAACCAACAAGCAAAUAAUAAAUUUCACGGAAUCAAAAAAGGCGAUAUAUUUACAAUGGGCAAUACAGGUAUAAGAAAGAAAUUCAAUGGCAAACAGUGGCGUCGUCUUUGCGGUAUAGAUCAAUGUCAAAAGGAGUCUCAACGACACGGCUUUUGUUCGAAACAUUUAUCUCAAAUGCGAGAACCACAUGCUCUCACUCACCAUGUACAACGAUUUAUGGGUUCGAUGGGAAACUUUCAUCCUGCCAACGCUCUGCCAUUGCUUGCUGGAAUCUAUCAACGCAGUUUAGAAUAUCCUCCUAUGCCAUCAACAUUACCAGCAUUCUAUCCUAUCGUACAACUUGCUCCAGCAACAUUGAAUUCGAUGCCUCCACUAAGAUCAUUUUCUACUCCAUCACCAUCAUCAACGACAACGACAGCACUCCUAGUCAAUUCGAAUCAAUCGCCUAGCGCUUUUGCACCGCUUAUAUCCGUUGCUCGACAACAUUCCGCGGAUAUAACUCCGCCACCAUCAUCUUCAUCAUCUACACCUGUAUUAUCAAAUAAUACCACAUCAUCUUCAUCCGUUCGUCGAUCCAGCGAAGAUGACGAUUCAGACAUCGACAUAGAAACUUUACCGUCACCUUCAAAUAAGCGAUUUCGUUCGGAAACUACUGGAGAUGACAAAUGCACAACCGGCAAGAAAUAG